AUGGGGCUGCCGGCGCUGGAGUUCAGCGAGUGCUGUCUGGACAGCCCGCAGUUCCGGGAACGGCUCCGCUCCCACGAGGCCGAGCUGGAGAAGACCAACAAGUUCAUCAAAGAGCUCAUCAAGGACGGGAAGUCCCUCGUUGUCGCACUCAAGAACCUGUCGACGGCCAAGCGGAAGUUUGCAGACUCCCUCAACGAGUUCAAGUUCCGCUGCAUCGGGGACGCGGAGACCGACGACGAGAUCUGCAUCGCCAAGUCUCUGCAGGAGUUUGCCACGGUGCUGCGGAACCUGGAGGACGAGAGGAUGCGCAUGAUCGAGAAUGCCAGCGAGGUGCUGAUCACACCACUGGAGAAGUUUCGCAAGGAGCAGAUUGGGGCUGCUAAGGAUGCCAAGAAGAAGUAUGACAAGGAGACAGAGAAGUAUUGUGGUGUCCUAGAAAAGCAUUUGAACUUGUCUUCUAAGAAGAAAGAAUCCCAGCUCCAGGAGGCAGACAGCCAGGUGGACCAGGUCCGGCAGCACUUCUACGAGGUCUCCCUGGAGUAUGUCUUCAAGGUACAAGAGGUGCAGGAGAGGAAGAUGUUUGAGUUCGUGGAACCUCUGCUGGCCUUUCUGCAGGGGCUUUUCACCUUCUACCACCAUGGCUAUGAGCUUGCCAAGGACUUCAGUGACUUCAAGACAGAGCUGACAAUCAGCAUCCAGAAUACAAGGAAUCGUUUUGAGGGAACAAGGUCAGAGGUCGAAUCUUUGAUGAAGAAGAUGAAGGAGAACCCUCAUGAGCACAAAAACAUCAGCCCUUACACCAUGGAGGGUUACCUCUACGUGCAGGAGAAACGUCACUUUGGGACCUCCUGGGUGAAGCAUUACUGCACGUACCAGAGGGAGACCAAGAAGAUCACCAUGGUGCCCUUUGACCAGAAGUCUGGAGGCAAAGGGGGAGAAGAUGAAGCUGUCACCCUCAAAUCCUGCACGCGCCGGAAAACAGACUCCAUUGAGAAGAGAUUUUGCUUUGAUGUGGAAGCUGUUGACCGCCCUGGAGUGAUCACCAUGCAGGCUCUGUCUGAAGAGGACCGAAGGCUGUGGAUGGAGGCGAUGGAUGGCCGGGAACCGGUCUACAACUCCAACAAGGACAACCAAAGUGAAGGCACUGCCCAGUUGGAUAAUAUUGGCUUCAGCAUCAUCAAGAGGUGCAUCCAUGCUGUGGAAACCAGAGGGAUCAAUGAACAAGGGCUCUACCGGAUCGUCGGAGUCAACUCUAGAGUUCAGAAGCUGUUGAGUGUGUUAAUGGAUCCCAAAACAGCCACAGAAACAGAAACAGAGAUCUGUGCAGAGUGGGAGAUAAAAACCAUCACCAGUGCACUGAAAACCUACCUGAGGAUGCUCCCAGGGCCACUCAUGAUGUACCAGUUCCAAAGGAGCUUCAUCAAAGCAGCCAAACUGGAGAAUCAGGAGUCGCGGGUCUCGGAGAUCCACAGCCUCGUCCAUCGGCUCCCGGAGAAAAACAGGCAGAUGCUGCACUUGCUCAUGAACCACUUGGCAAAAGUUGCAGAUAAUCACAAGCAGAACCUGAUGACUGUUGCUAAUCUGGGUGUGGUGUUUGGGCCGACACUGCUUCGACCUCAAGAGGAAACAGUUGCUGCCAUUAUGGACAUCAAGUUUCAGAACAUCGUCAUUGAGAUUUUAAUAGAAAACCAUGAGAAGAUCUUUAACACGGUGCCGGACGCUCCCCCGCCCAACUCCCAGCUGCUGUUAUCUCGCAAGAAGAGCACAGACUCGAAGCCUCCCUCCUGCAGCGAGAGGCCCCUGACGCUCUUCCACACCCCCCAGGGCAACGAGAAGCAGGAGAACAGGAACAGCAUCAUCAACUCCAGCCUGGAAUCUGUCAUCUCAUCAAAUGCCAACAGCCUCCUCAACUCCACCAGCGCUGCCCAGCCCAGCCUCACCUCCAGCGACCUCGAGCUUGAAGUCAUCAAACCCACCAGGCCCAAUUCACUCCCUCAGAAUCCAAGCCCAACGUCACCCCUCUCACCGUCCUGGCCCAUGUUCUCCGCGCCAUCAAGUCCUAUGCCCACCUCCUCUACGUCCAGCGACUCAUCCCCCAUCAGCUCUCCCCUGCGGAAGGCGCGGGCCCUGUACGCCUGCAAGGCAGAGCACGACUCGGAGCUCUCCUUCACCGCCGGCACCGUCUUCGAGAACGUUCACCCAUCCCAGGAGCCUGGCUGGCUGGAAGGGACCCUCAACGGCAAGACAGGAUUAAUCCCGGAGAACUACGUGGAGUUCCUAUAACUCUGGAGUUCCUAUAACAUCUGAGGGG